GAAUCAACACCAAAACGAAACGUCACUCUCUCUCUCUCUCUCUGUGUGUGUGUGAGAAAGUAGAGUUUGUCUCUGUCUCCGGCAUUAGCCAGUGGAAAGUGGUGGUGUGUGACAUCGUCGUCGCCGUAGCGGUUCGCGGUGGUGGUGGUGGGCAUUAACAAUCAAUGGAGGUUCCUCCGACGGUGGGCACCGCACCGGCGUCCCUGUACAUCGGCGAUCUCCACCCGGACGUCACCGACGGCCAGGUCUUCGAGCACUUCUGCGAGUUCAAAUCCCUCGCCUCCGUCCGCGUCUGCCGUGACUCCUCCACCGGCCGCUCCCUCUGCUACGGUUACGUCAACUACAUCUCCCCCCUCGACGCAAUACACGCUAUUGAGGUGAAGAAUCACUCUAUGUUGAAUGGAAAAGUGAUAAGGGUUAUGUGGUCGCAUCGUGAUCCUGAUUCAAGGAAGAGUGGUAUUGGGAAUCUGUUUGUCAAGAAUUUGGGUGAGUCUAUUGACAACACAAAGCUACAAGAGAUAUUCCAAAAUUUUGGGAAUAUUUUGUCUUCCAAAGUAGUCAUGUCCGAUGAUGGAAAGAGCAAAGGAUAUGGCUUUGUCCAGUUUGAGUCCGAGGAUUCUGCAAAUGCUGCCAUUGAAAAACUUAAUGGAUCUAGUGUUGGUGGCAAGCAGAUGUUUGUUGGUAAGUUUGUAAAAAAGAGUGAUCGGAUUUUACCCAGUACCGAUCCUAAGUAUACAAAUCUAUAUGUGAAGAAUUUGGAUCCAGAUAUCAUAGAAGAAGUCCUUGAGGACAAGUUCUCAGAGUUUGGGAAAGUUCUUAGCUUGGUUAUCUCGAAGGAUGACAAUGGGGACUCUAGAGGUUUUGGAUUUGUGAAUUUUGAGAGCACAGACGAUGCCAGGCGGGCAAUGGAAGCUAUGAAUGGAUCACAACUUGGCUCCAAGGUUCUCUAUGUAGCUAGAGCACAGAAGAAAGCAGAACGUGAGCAGAUUUUGCGUCGUCAAUUUGAGGAGAAAAGAAAGGAGCAAAUAUUGAAAUACCAAGGUUCAAACGUCUAUGUCAAGAAUAUCGAGGAUGAUGUGACUGAGGACGAGUUGAGAGAACAUUUCAGUCAGUGUGGAACAAUCACCUCUGCAAAACUUAUGCGAGAUGAAAAAGGAAUCAGCAGGGGUUUCGGGUUUGUCUGCUUCUCUACACCUGAAGAGGCCUAUAAAGCUGUAAACACUUUGCAUGGAUACAUAUUUCGCAAAAAGCCACUAUAUGUGGCUAUUGCUCAAAGGAAAGAUGAGAGGCAAGCCCAAUUACAGCUUCAUUACGCGCAACAUUUGGCUGGACUAGCUGGACCUUCAACUUUUAUCCCUGGGGGAUAUCCUCCUCUUUACUAUGCACCUCCUCCUGCUGUAGUCUCACAUGUAUCUCCACAACCAGGGAUGAUGUAUCAGCCUAUGGGUUUGAGGCCAGGAUGGACGGCUAAUGGCUUUGCACCUCCUACAAGACCAGGUUUUCAACAUUCCCCACUUCCGGUGACUCCUCGAAGACAACAUAGGCAAAUUAGGGGAAGGAUGAAUGGGCAUAUGCUUCCACCAGGGGGUGGCCAUACUGCUUCCUAUGUUCCGCUAUUGCAACAACCCUCUCAGUCACUGACUUCAUCAAAAGAUUCAAGCAACCAACAGCGGAGUUGGCAGGUAAGAUAUGUGCCAAAUGGCCGUGUGCGUGAAAUGAGCGAAGGGUCGGGAAUAUCAUCUUCUGUAACCAGCUCGGUUGGAACUGGUUCUGAGGGGUCAGACAUGUUGAGCAGCAAGCUUUCUGCCGCUCCUCCUGAGCAGCAGAAACAGAUACUUGGGGAGCGACUCUACCCUCUUGUCCAUAAACACAAGCCUGAUCUCGCUGCAAAGAUAACAGGGAUGAUUUUGGAGAUGGACAACGCAGAGCUGCUUCUGCUAUUGGAGUCGCCAGAGUCGUUGGUUACUAAGGUGGAGGAAGCUGUGAAGGUGCUCGACCUCUCAAAGACACAAGUUUCCGGCCAGGACUCACUUCAUUCGAGCUACUUAUCUGCUGAGGUGACGGUUAAUUAAACAGACAAUUUUAUCCGAGCGUCGUUUUUUGCAGAAUUCAAUGGCAAGAUUAUGCUGCCCAGAGCUUCAUUGAGCAAGAUUUUUGAUAGUUUACUUCAAUGAACCAACUGCGUCUCGGGCCAAUAGAUACUUCUCCAUUUCAUUCUACUUCAACCACAGGGUUUUUCUAUGUUGAACAUUGGAUAUUUAAGUAAUUAUAGGGACCUGACUUGAUUCAGGAGGAGUUGGUAUUUAGGGGUAGUUUUAGCGGAAAAUUAUUAAUUGGUCCUGGAGCACCACGCGGCGGUGUUCCAGGAGCACUGAAUAAGGAUUAUUCAGUUUUAGCUGCAAAUGUCUUUUGGAUAAAAAGUGAUGGUAUUGUUUCUGCUUAACCGUAUUUUAUCUUAAAUUGAGUUAGACAAAUAAAUUGGUAUUUCGUGCA